UCCAUCGAGUUCUCCUGAUUCCCAGGUCCCAGCUAAGAUUUUCUAAUAACUCAUCAUCAUAGUAUAACUAUAGUCUAUAAGCAUAGAUCAAUUCAUCAAUGUAACGUUAGCCGGAUGUAUGUAUCACGGCAAAACCCAAGAUUAAUUCAACUCUCUUUUGUUUUUUUGACAGAUAAUUCAACUUCUCUUAGUAUGUCUUUGGAAGCAGCAAAACGUAAGCUUUGGGAUCUGAAUAGCAAAAGUCAGAAAUCCCCAGAAAAUUUGCAGUAAACCUCACAUAAUAUCUCCAUUUUCCAUACAUUAAUUUUCCUUUUGAUUUCCCUCUUACCCAAAUGAGCAAAAAAUACACCCCCUAAAAGAAAUUAUCUUCCACUUUGCACCGUCUUGACCCCGCCAUUCAUUCUUUCUCUCUCCUCCUUUUGAAGUAUUCUUUGAUUUUUCAUCACAUAAACCCGAAUCUUCAACUUGUUUAUAGCUACCCCAAUGUCUAUAUAUAUAUAAUUAUAUACAUAUAAUAAUAUAAGGAUCGAAUCCCGUCUACAUCAGUGCGCUUAUAUUCCUUUUUGAAGUUGAAGAUGACUGGCGGUGGACCUCCGUCGCAGGACCGCCGCCGCAAACCCAAAAACUUCUUCUGCGACGCCGCUGCUGGUGCUUCCGCAGGUGCAAUUGCUGCAACAUUUGUGUGUCCAUUAGAUGUGAUUAAGACAAGGUUACAGGUUCAUGGACUUCCUGUGACUUCUACUUCUACCAAAGGUAGUAUUAUCAUUACAAGCCUCCAAGAUAUUGUUAAAAAGGAGGGGUUUCGUGGAUUGUAUCGUGGACUUUCUCCAACAAUUUUGGCAUUACUUCCAACUUGGGCGGUAUACUUCCCAGUUUAUGAGCACCUUAAAGGCUUAUUACAGAAAGAUGAUCAUGGCACUGAACAACUUACUAUUGUUAAAAAUAUGAUUGCUGCUGGUGGUGCCGGAGCUGCUACAGCUGUCGCAACUAAUCCCCUGUGGGUUGUGAAGACCCGACUCCAAUUUCUUCAUCUUCAGACACAGGGAAUGAGGACAGAUGUGAUUCCGUAUAAAAGCAUCCUUUCUGCCUUAAGAAGAAUAACGCGUGAAGAAGGAAUUCCAGGGCUGUACAGUGGGCUUUUGCCUUCAUUGGCAGGAAUAAGUCAUGUGGCCAUCCAAUUUCCUGCAUAUGAAAGAAUCAAGCUCUAUUUGGCAAAAACAGAAAACACUACAGUGGACGAGCUAAGUGCAGGAAGUGUUGCAAUAGCUUCUUCAUUGUCUAAAAUUGUAGCAUCAAUAAUGACUUAUCCUCAUGAGGUUAUCCGUUCUAGGCUUCAAGAGCAAGGCCAAGUUCGUAAUCGUGAAGUUCAUUACUCGGGUGUUGUUGAUUGCGUGCGUAAGGUUUUCCAAGCUGAAGGUCUUGCUGGCUUUUACCGUGGAUGUGCAACUAAUCUAAUGAGAACAGUCCCAAAUUCUGUUAUUACAUUUACAAGUUAUGAGAUGAUACUUAGGCUAUUGACGCGGGUAGUACCUAAACCUCACUGUCAAGUGAAUGGUGGAGAAGAGAAUGGCUCUCAGCAGAUACCAGACCAAUCUAGUAGUAGAGAACCCUCAAUUCCUGUGAGUAAAGACCAAUUGACAGCGAGAUAAUAAUAGUUGCAAUUCUGUAAUGCAGAAAUUUUCCAUUAGUUGAGAACUUCUUUUUACUUGAUGAAACAAUGAAUUUUAGUUA